GCAACGAGAAGGCGUGUGAUCGCUCGCCGCCGUAAAUAUGGGAUCGUUGGACAGCUAGCGUACCUAGUUUGUUCACGGUCUCUUGGCAUCUGCCCUGCCGCGCCUAGGAUGAGCGUCGGGUGUCAUCAGUCGCCGUACUGUGGAGGCGGCAGGGGCUGGCUGUCACCGCGGUGCCGGACUAGCGGGGGCUUCAGGGAGUACGACACAGGUCGGGGUAGGGCGUCCCUCACGGAUGACGUGCUCGCUGCAAUCUUCACACGGCUCCCCAACGCGGCCGAUGUAGUCCGAUGCGCCGCCACAUGCAGGCGCUGGGCCAGCGUGGUGGCCAAGGAGGCCGACGCUCUGUCACGAGCCCUUCCGCCUCUCCCUGGCCUGGCCCUCGGCCUCUUCCACCAGGAUCGACAGGACACGGCCGGCGCCGCGACGACGAACACGCGCAAGCGGAAACGCCGCUCCACCGGCUUGGAGUGCUCGGCGCCGCCGUGCUUCGUCCCGACGGCGUCCGGCGCUCGGCUGCUCGGCUUCAACCUCCCCUCCACCACUGCGCUGCGAUCCGGUGGCCAGCAUGGGCAUGGCGUCUUGGAUCUCUCGCACUCUCGUCCAAUCGCGUCACGCAACGGACGCCUCGUCCUCGAGCUCCAGAGUGAGGGCCACGUCGACAGAAGCCUCAGGCUGUGCGUCUGCAACCCCAUGAUGGGGGACGUGGCUGUGCUGCCUACUCUGCUCGGCAAUGACAGGCCCAAGAUCUACGCAUGCACAUUGCUCACCGGUGCCGACCUCGACCUCGACCGACCCCGGCAUGCAUCCUCUGACUUCUUCCGCGUGCUCAUCAUCUACAACCGCGACAGGUUCACCGCGUUCCGUUCCUACUCAUCAGACACCUGCAGCUGGAGCAUGGAGACCAAGAAAACGUCAGGCCCCAAGCUCACGAACUGGGACCUUGGCAAGCUAGGCCAGGGCAUCGUGCUCCACGGCGUCGCCUACUGGCCGCUGAAAAGAACGGCACUAGCAGUACGUUUUGACACGCCGGCGCCGGCGCAGGUGCGCAUGCCGCCGGACGGCGUUCCCAACCCGCUCCAGCAGCUCCGUCUGCUCAGCGUCACGCCCGAUGGGAAGCUGUGCCUUCUGGACGCAGGGAAUGGUGCAGGAUAUGCCAGUUUUGUGCGGACGGUUUUCGAGGCAAGCACCGGAGAAUGGGUGAGGGAAUGUUCCGUCACGUCGACACGGCUCAAGGUAAAAUCUGCGGCCGACAUCAACCUGCGUUGGUUCUGCGAGAAUAGUGGCAUCCUCUUGUUCACGCUCGGCAGAGGCAGCAGUAAUCCUGGAACCUUUGCAAUGAGCCUAGCAACAAAGGAAGUUGAGAAGUUACAUGAUAGUGUGGACUGCAGUUCAUGGAGAAACUUCGUGGGAUAUGAGAUGGAUGGGGUAACUUACCUCAAGUCCAUAGCAUGACACAGAUCAUUAUCCCCUUUCGUGUAAGGCGUGUAAUGCUUUUGUAAUUGUCAAAAAUAGUUUCGCAAUUCGCAGCAACAUCAGAGCAUAUAGAGCGCGCGUUUUGGCUUU